AUGCGAAACGGUGCUCGGUCGAGAAAUGUGACGGAAGACGAGAUCCAUCAAUACGUCGUACGGAAACAAAGGGAGGUACGCAGAAUGAUGAAGCAGUAUUUAGAAGAUCGAGACGAAUCGACGGUGCCUGGCUUUUACCAAUUGUUCGAUGCAGUCAUGAAUGCGUACGAAUUUAUGGAGUCUAGCUGGAAUUCUGGAAGACCCGUGAAAAUUCCAAAAUGGCAGCGCGAUCUGAGGAAAUCCGUGACCGAUGUGCUGAGGCAAUUCCGCACACCCUCUGAAGAGGACGAGCGGAAAUCCCGAAAUAUCCGAAUUCUAUCGCCAAGGAUUUUUGGAAUAUCCCGUCAAAACCCAAACGAGCAAAGGCUACUAUCUCCGGAUCUAUUAUCACUUUCAGAGGACAAUGAAGACUCAGAUUCUAAAAUUGUUCCUCUUAAAAGUAAAGGCGAUCGACGCUCCCUGACCGAACUGGCGCUCGAAGUUUCCGGAGCAUCUGAUGUUCUGAUGGCGAUGAAAGAAAUUAUCCCAGAAGCGAACUCGAAUUUCGAAGUAUAUCUGAAGUUUGCGAAGUCUAUGGUCGACUUUUUCUACCGCAAAUCUAUGUUCAGAAGUCAGUUGUACGAUUUGCAUAGGUUCUUUAAACUUCUUGAUAAAACGUAUACGUCAAAGCAAAGAAGAGACCUCCUUAGUAAAGGUUACACAUUUAUGAAUCGAAAGCAGAACGAAAUGGUGUACGGACCUAAUAAUCCAUUAAACAUCAGAAACGUUCCUUCUGAUUACGAGUACUUGUCUAGAUUAUCAGAAAAGGAAAGGGACAUAGAAUUAAUUAAGAUGGCAAGACAUUAUGCUGAAGAAGGCUUACCGUCGCAAAAGCGAAGAAGGAAAAGGGAAAAUGCGCAGGAUGCUAUAGUUUUCGAAUAUGAACUAGAACCGACAAACCGUGGGAAGAGGGCUAUCUUCAGACCCCUUAUUCUUAGUCCAGUUGUACUGUCGGCAACAAUCUUAGAUCCAGUUUUAAUGGGACCGAUUAUUCUAUCUCCACUGGUUUUAUUUCCGGUAGUUUUAUCUCCUCUAGUUCUUGGUAUAGAAACUGUAAAUGCGCAGGUUAUGGCGCCAGUAAUUUUGUCGCCCCUACUGCUCUUCCCUAUCGUAGUAUCUCCUAGGGUUCUAAACCCAUUUGUUCUUUCUCCCCUAACUCUGAGUCCUGCUAUUUUGUUGCCCGCUACACUUGAGCCUCUAAUUCUGACCCCUUUUGUAUUGAGUCCCAUCAUUUUGUCACCUCAAGACAGGUCCGCGCUGAUACUCUCCCCGUUGGUCUACUCUCCUUUGAUCCGGACAAGACUGACGAAUUAUGUGGUGAUCAUUUCUCCAGCGGUCGUGGCGAGGAAACGACGAAACGCCUCAAUGCUUAGUGUGAUUUAG